CUUAGACUGUAUUUUCAGUUAUUCAUGUUGUCCAGAAAUUUGGAGUGAUAUUUUUGAUUUGGUUUAGGCUAUUUAGAAAUGUUAAUUCGACAUAUUGAGGUGGGAAUUUCACCGUGACUUUAUCCCGGGAUAUUAUUUGACCCUGAAGGUUAAAAAUGUUAAACACAAUCAAAUCUCACAACCAGUUUAUGUUUACUGGUUGCUACAUAGUGCGUGGUGGGUAUGUAGUAUGUAAAAAUUACACUGUGAGGUUUGGCAUGCACACUGGCCUGUUUAGUACGCUAGUAUGGGCUUUCUGAGGUAGACCUGUGCUCUGUAUGCGCAUGCGCAUUAGCAGGACGUACCUUCGCGAGUUACCGGCGGUCACCGAGGUGGUGAUGUUGUAAACCGGUACCGGGGCGGUAUAAAAGCGCGAUGGAGACGACUGAGCGCUGAGAGCAGACCUGUAAACAGAAGAUGCUCUCCUUGACUCUGGUGUUGGUUCUCAGUGCUGCUGCCGGCGAGGCGGUGACUGAGCGCUACGCGGAUGGAGCGGCUCCGUCCUCGGCUCCGGCUCUGACUCCGGCUCCGUCCCGCUCCGGUGCUGAGGAGUCCGGGCGUCCCGGGCUUGCUUUGGCCCGCUCGGCAGAGCAGCCGACCCCGACUACGGUCCACGGCGAGGCGUCUCACCACCACGGAGGGGGUUAUAGGAUAGUGCAGUGGGAAUGGAGCUACGUACAGACACCGUACAUCAUAGCCAUUUGGCUCCUGCUGGCCAGCGUCGCCAAAAUCUUGUUCCACUUCUCACAGCGCUUCACCACAGUGGUCCCGGAGAGCUGCAUGCUGAUUCUGUUGGGGCUGGUCCUGGGUGGUGUGGUGCUCAUUGCCAGCAAGAAGCAGCUCUACCAGCUGGACCCAGGCCUCUUCUUCCUCUUUCUGCUCCCCACCAUAGUGGGGGAUGCUGGGUAUUUUAUGCCUGCCCGCCUGUUUUUCGACAACCUGGGUGCCAUUUUGAUGUAUGCGGUGGUGGGGACUCUGUGGAACGCCUUCUGUACAGGGUUCUGUCUCUAUGGAGUGAAGCAGGCAGGGGUCAUCGAUGAUAAGGUGGAGGCAGGACUGAUGGAGUUCCUGCUGUUCGGAGCUCUGAUCUCAGCCGUGGAUCCUGUCGCAGUACUGGCUGUGUUCGAGGAGGUCCACGUUAACGAGAUGCUCUUCAUCAUCGUCUUUGGCGAGUCACUUGUCAAUGAUGCAGUCACUGUGGUGUUGUAUAAGGUUUAUAUCUCCUUUGUAGAGGUGGGUCCAGGAAAUGUCCAAACAGCAGACUACUUUAAAGGUGUUGCCUCGUUCCUCAUCGUCAGCAUCGGUGGAACAUUAGUGGGACUCAUCUUUGCUGUUAUCCUGGCCUUCAUCACUCGUUUCACCAAGAGGGUGCGCAUCAUUGAGCCUCUGUUUGUCUUCCUGCUGGUGUAUCUGGCUUACCUCACAGCUGAACUCUUCUCUCUCUCAGCUAUUCUGUCCAUGACCUUCUGCGGCAUUGGCUGCAACAAGUACGUGGAGGCCAACAUAUCCCAGAAGUCCCGCACUGCGGUCAAGUACACGAUGAAGACUCUGGCCAGUAUUGCUGAGACCAUCAUCUUCAUUUUCCUUGGCAUUUCAGCUGUGGACAAGUCCAAAUGGGCCUGGGAUACUGGCCUAAUCGUGUGUACUCUCAUAUUCAUCUUCGUCUUCAGAGCCAUGGGUGUCGUCGGACAGACCUGGAUUCUGAACAAGUUUCGAUUGGUUCCUCUGGAAAAGAUUGACCAGGUGGUGAUGUCAUACGGUGGCCUGAGAGGUGCAGUAGCAUUUGCCCUGGUGGUAUUGCUAGAUGGGAAGCAUGUGAAGGCGAAGGAUUACUUUGUUGCAACGACCAUCGUUGUGAUUUUCUUCACGGUCAUGUUUCAGGGUCUGACCAUCAAGCCUCUGGUUAAAUGGCUCAAGGUUCCUCGCAGCACUAACAGAAAACCUACCAUUAAUGAAGAGAUCCAUGAGCGUGCCUUUGACCACAUUCUAGCUGCAGUGGAAGACAUUGCUGGUCUGAAUGGUUACCAUCACUGGAGGGACAAAUGGGAACAGUUUGACAAAAACUAUCUGAGUAAACUGUUGAUGCGCAAAUCUGUGUACCAUAAAAGCGAGCUGUGGGAGGCGUACCAGAAAAUCAACAUCAGAGACGCUAUCAGUGUUAUUGACCAGGGUGGAAACAUUUUGACCUCUGCUAGACUCUCGCUCCCUUCUAUGGCCAGUAGAACGUCCUUUCCAGAGGUGACCAACGUUACAAACUACCUGAGAGAGAAUGGUAGUGGGGUGUGUCUGGAUCUUCAGGUGAUUGACACAAACCCUGGUGCAAAGGUCGAGGAGGAAACAGAAACACAUCACGUAUUGGCUGGGAAUCUGUACAAACCCAGGAGACGGUACCAGUCUCACUACAGUCGUCACUUCAUGACAGCAGGCGAUCAGGAGAGGCAGGACCGGGAGGUGUUCCAGAGAAACAUGCGCAGCCGCCUGGAGUCCUUCAAAUCCACCCAGUACAAACGACACAAGAAGGACCGCAGCCAGAAAAAGCGCAAAGGUUCAGAUGCAAAGGAGCAAGAAACCGUUGAAAAGCCCAGAAGAAAUGUCAGCUGGCAAGACAAAGAUCCUGUGGUAAUGCCACUGGAGCCUGGGGAGGAGAAGGGAGAGCAUUCAGAGCCAGAGAAGGAUGAGGAUGUUGGGAUAACCUUUGUGGCCCACAGGGGUUCAGAAACACCAAAGGCACGACCCAAAUCAGACUCAGCUGUUUUAGAGUUGUGUCAGAGCCCAUCUGUCGCUCCCCCAUCUCCCACAUGUGGAGAGAAAAACCUGCCGUGGAAGGAAGAUGUGGAUUCUCUGCCUCCGUGUGUGUCCAGCGAGGCCACUAAAAUCAUCCCCAUAGACCUGCAGCAGGCCUGGAACCAGAGCAUCUCCUCACUGGAGAGCCUGGCCUCGCCUCCGGUCCAUCAAGAACCGCAGCACCCGCAUGUCAACACCCUCUCCAGACUCGCCGCUCCCACACGGCCUCCCUCUUCAGCCCAGUUCCACUUCCCUGGAGGCAAAGAUGAGGAGGAUGAGAGCGCCCUCUCUCAGCAGCAACAGGAAAUGCAGCCUCUCAUGUUAUCCAGGAGGCAGCUGCCCCAUUCUCUCCCACCCUCUGCUGCACUGCCUUCUGGGAAGAGGAGGAAUCCGUGUGUUUAUCUGAGGAGUCUAGUAACACCACCACCAUCAAACAGUGUGCCACAUAGCAGAAAACCAACACAGCUGUAGUUUAGGAAUUUCUUUCUCUCUUUCUUUAUAUCUUUAUAUAUCUGCUGCUUUUGGGGCCUCCGUUAAAUCAUGCCACUGGCUAAUAUGACAGCCUCAUGCUGACUUUAUUUCUUAUGAAUAUAAAUUCCACCUUUACAUUUUUAAAAAGUCAGCAUUGAGGUGAGGGAAAGUUACCACUCCACAGAUCGGACCUUAAGAAAGAACUUGCUGGCAAGCAGUACCUGUGUUCUCAGUGCCUAUACAAACAGGGCAGUUCCUCUUACAUGGAAAAAAGUCAUUCCACUUUUUGUGUUUUUCUUCUUUUUUUGUGAGCUCCAAAUGCAAGUCAAGAUAUUAGCACAGAAUAUAUCUGUGCAGAUCACAUUAGCAGGGGCUUUUGGGUGUGUCAGUCAAUCAUGGCUUUCAUUUACAAGCCAAACCCAAACUUGAAAAACCUUAGAAAAAUACUUUUAAACUUCAAACUGAGAAAGAGAAAGAAUGUCCGAUUGCUAUUUGGCUAUGCCGUAACUGCUUAACUUUAUUCUUCGACUCCUCCCAGUCAUCCAAAAGCAAAACAAAAGCGAGAGAAUAAGGGGCAUUCAAUCCAGCCAAACCUCACUGUUAAGAGUCCAAGUUCCACUUUCUGAAUGACUCUUGGCUGAAAAGAGCAGUCCAUUCUCCCCCAGCUCUGCUCAGAGACCAAAAGGAACCAGUGCUCUGAGUUACAGCGUUCUCAUGUGCUAUGGGGCACAAAGCCAGGCAGCUCAAUAAUGCUGUCCACAUACACAGCAUGUGUGAACUGGAUAUACUGUAUACUGCACGCUCAUAGGCACCGUGGCUGUAGAUGCACAUCAUAAACGCAGUACGAUCUCUUUAACACAUGAGCAGGACGGCAAUUUAUAGUUAAGAGGGGAUGUAAGAUCUGUGAUUCUAAUCACGGACUAGCUGUUCUGUUUGCUGGAUUGAUCCACUACUCUAGUUUGCUCUUUAGAGGACCUUGUCAUAGCACUUUCUAUAAGCCUGUUUUUAAUGUCUUAUUCCAUGUCACUUAUACUGUAUUUAUUUGAUGUUUUUCCUCUUUGCACUUACUGAAGAAGACUCGUGAAAUUUUCAAAUGCACAAUGAGCAGUUUGAAGGACCAACAUGUAUGUAUGUAGAGUAAAAAAAUCAAAAUGAAUGUCCUGUACACCCACUCUGUAUGUUUAUGUGUGUUUAGCAAUGACUCCGUCUCUUCACAUGCUGUUGUGUGUUUUGUCUGUAAUCCAGUACUGGAAAUCCACUGUUUAGGAAUCUCAGAUAAAGUCUAAUAUGUCUUAUAUGAGCAUUUUAUUGUAAUCACAGUGACAGUAUACAAAUGCACAUGAAAAGAGUUAAAAAUAUUUAUUCAUAAAUAUAUAUUUAUUUGAAAUAGUGGCAGUUUGGACUGCCAAAGAGACCUAAGAUUCACAGCACAUUAAACCUGUGUAUGAGCUACUAUCCCUUUAUGCUUGUUAAAUAAAAUUAGUAUUAUAUGCAAAGCUUAUGAUUUGCACCUCAUGAUCAAAAGCCAUGUAAAACCCAGAUUUGGUAAUGUUUAAGCUGCUAUCUUAUUGUUUUUUUUUUUUCUUUCUUUUUUUUCUCUUCUUUUGUGUAUUUCAGUGUGUUCUCAGAAUAUGUUGUGCCUUUAGAAAGAGUCUGGAUCGUGCGGUGUAAGGGGGCCUUGAUAUCUGUCGUGCCUGGCAAACAGUGAAGAGUAGUUAGUUCGGUGUUGUGCUGUCUCACUUAACCUCAUCAUGUUUGUCGGAUAGUUAUCCCUUUGGGAGUUUUUUAUUCACAUAUAUAUGAGAUGUGCGGCUGUUUUACUGCACUUGAAAAUGUUUUCAUACGAUCUGCCCAUUGGGUGUUCUGUUGAAAUUAGACGAAGAGUCUCUGUGCCAAAUGUCAACCCUGGGUAGUCUCCAAGAGUGAAGCUAAUAAAAGAAGAAAGCUUUCUUACAGUAAUAUCAAUGUCCUGUCUGUUUAUUGAUUAUUUAUAUUAACAAGUUUGUAGCUUCACAUUCACAAAGAAGCAUAGCCAAAAAUAGUGGUAUACUGUAUAUUCUGUAUGUGACUGUGUGUCUAUAUUUCCCCUACAUCUUUCUCUUGACAUCAUUAAGUAGAGCUCAGCUGGUCUGUCCUGUACUUCAGAGGUCCAGGAGGCCCAGGAGGGGGACUCCAGUGAAUAAUGAAGUGAUCAUUGCCCUUCAAACUCUCACAGUCCCUGUGGUGCAGGUAGGGCUUUCCUUUACUGCCCCUCAAAGAGAAUUCAUUGUAUUUAUGUGCUAAUGUGCCAUUUUGCCUCUUUUCCAGUCCUG